AUGAAAUCAUCGAUCUCCCAGAACUCCGAAAGCGAGACACCUGAGCUUGCAUCUGGGGACACCGAUAUUUCGCCCUUGGUUGAGCUCAAUAGGCAUUCAGAUAUCCGAAAUGUCAAAACCGAUGUGGCCCAUCACGAUCCUGUACAUGAUGGACAUCACGCCAAAGGUCAGGAAAUUGUAUCGUCUGCUUGGAAUCCUCAUAGCCUCGAAGCUGAUAUAGCGCAUCGCAAUUCUACACAUAACACAAAUCCCACCAAAAAUCAAGAAAUUCUAUCUCCUGCUCCCGAUCCUCGAGGAACCCCACAGUUCGUUUCCACAAGUCAGAACAUCGAUCGAAGCGGGGCCCUAGUUCCACCAGCAAGUGAUCUUCCAAGAGAGCUACCGAAAACCACAAAUCAUCAUGAAGAUUUGAUACCUCUCUUUAAUCUACCCGUGUCCGUUCGCCGUCUUUUCAUAGGCUUGGGAGAAGAGAUGGAGCGGGAGUAUGAAGAAUGCCAAACAAUGAAGAUGGAAAUAGCCGAGCUAAGGAAAACGAAAAAGAACUGCUGCGAAUAAGUCAAAGGGAUAGAGAUGAAUGUAGUACAGCGGUACGUGUUAUGCAAGAGAUGUCCUUCAAGGCAUUCAGAACAGCAAAAUGGCUUCCUACUACAAGUGACACUAUCAAGCUUGAAAUACACAGGAUUAAGAGAACGCUAAGGGAAUGGACGAAAGCCGCGAUCAAGGACGACCCUCGGCUGGGCUAUUUAUCCACAGUGUUUCAAGGAGAUAAACAGGUCAUGGAUGCAUUCGGGGAAGAGCUCUCGAAAGUGAUGGUCAUUAGAAACAAUAUACCCCUCGAAGGGCUCCCCGAGAGAAAGGCGAGUAAAGUCUUGCUGGAAGCACUUCUUGCUCACCAUCUUUUCUCGAAUGUAUUCUCACCGCCAUUUUUCUUCCUCGGAGAUUGGUCAUCUGGCUUAAAUAUGCUUUAUGAAAUAGGCCAUUCUUGUAUGUACGAUCACUCCUGUUUGAGAAUCAGCUAACAUAGACAGGGAGUCCUAAAGAUGCCCAUAGAUGGCGUUCCGAUACAAUGAGAUUGGGUUUCCCGGAAGUUUCAAAGGAUGAAAAAGUUGAGGCUGCCAGACUACAGAUGCAAACAUUGAUUGAUCAAAGGGCAAAAAUUCAAGCUGAGAACUUCAUCAACAGCCCUGCUAAUAACCUUUUCGAUAAAACCCCAGAGCUGAUGAUCAAACUUCAGAAUUUGUACCAGGAAGCGGGUAAUCUGUCCUAUCACCUCUGGACCCGCCGAGCAGUGCUUAAAAUAUUGACGCUCAACGAGUUGAACCCGUCAUUUGACAUCAAUGACCGAAUGAUGACUCUUCAUAACAUGGUGAAGGAAGAUGUCGAAAAUAAGCUAACCGGCCAACCUAUUACUUUAGUAGUCAACCCUGCCAUUAUCUCGUAUGGCACGGAAGAUGGUGAAGAUUAUGAGUCUCCACGGAUAUGGACGCCAGCGGAAGUUUGGUUGUACAAUCCUUUGCCAAAAGGCCCAGAAUCAAAUGUAGGAGCCGAUGCGGGGGUGAAAUCAUAGGGCAGGGUCCUUGAGUGGCCGAUCUCUGCUAUUGCAACGGGAUAGAUCUGGAGGGGUUGGGAAUGCAUUUCGCUCUUUUAACUUGGGUUAGA